AUGGCUAGUCUUCCUCGGCUCGUAGAAGAGAAUCUUUCUAUGUUGGAGGAAACAUACGAGGGAACGGAUUCGCACCAAGCCACGCAUCUAGGGGCCAAGGUACAUGCAAAUAAGAAGAUCGAGCUCUGCCCUUCCCUAGUCAAUUCCACCAACUCCACAUGUGACACUCCUCUACCAAUUUCUGCUAGCUUGAGACACUACACAAGCUUCUUGAUUGGGAUGUUAGAGUCCAUGAAAUUGCAUACAGCAUGCAAGACAGAAACUCUAGAUGAUCCAAAACUUUCAGAAAUGAUGAAUAAGGAUGGCUUGAUGACACCUUCGCAUUGGGCGGCAAUGGAGGGUUCAGUUGAAAUUCUUAGGGAAUUUAUUGAAAAGGUUCCUUCUUCUUUCAACUCAGUCACAUUAGAAAAGAACGAAACGGUGUUUCAUAUAGCUGCGAGACACAAGAAGAGCGAAGCUUUCAUCUUCAUGGCAAAGAGUGUCAACUUAGGCCAGCUUCUCUACCAGCUCGAUGUCGAGGGCAACACUGUCCUUCACGUUGCCGCCUCCGUAAGCUCUCUUCCCCUGGUUAAAUAUAUAACUGAGGAAACACAAAUAGAAGUCUCCGCCAAGAACAAGAAGGGUUUUGUAGCGUUUGACCUUCUCAACAAAGAUGAUAAAGAUUUCCUUCAACUAUCUACCGCUCUGAUGUGUGUUCCGGAAGUAGUUAUUGAACGCCCUUCAAGUCCUAGAGAAAAUAGAAAUUCUGAAAACCAAAUAACCCAUGAUGUGAACAAGCUCCUGAAGGAGAUGCAAAGAGUUCAAAGUAUUGAUCCAAAGAAACUAGCUGACAUGCAACUGGAGGCUUUGCAAAACGCAAGGAAUACACUCACCAUUGUCGGGUCCUUGAUCGCAUCCGUUGCUUUCACGUGCGGUAUAAACCCACCUGGUGGUGUCCAUCAAGGAGGAGACGUCAUAGGGAAAUCUACUGUGGGAAGAACCUUUGCUUUCAUGCUCUUCUCGAUAUGCAACAGCAUUGCAUUGUUUACAUCAGUGUGUAUGGUGAUUCUUCUCGUCAGCAUUAUACCAUACACGGAGGAUUCACUUUUGAAGUUCUUGGUUAUAGCACAUUGGAUGAUGUGGGUAGCUGUAGCAGCCAUGGGAAAUGCUUAUGUCUCUGCGGCAUCGGUUACAUUACCACACUUUGGAGAACCCAGAUGGUUAUUCUUUACCAUUCUUGCUAUCGCUAGCUUGACGCUAGGUGGUAUGUUUGUUUAUCUACGGUUUAAGCUGGCUAAAUGCAUGUUAAGGAGGUUUAAUCUUCGUAAAUGCUUAUCUAACACGCCAGUACGCAAGAAUGGGUUCGUGGACAUGGUAGCCAAUAUCGAGAAAGGCUAUUACAGUUAUUGA